AUGGGUAUUCAAGGAUUACUCCCACAAUUGAAACCUAUACAGAACCCCGUUUCGUUGAGGAGGUAUGAAGGGCAGACAUUGGGUAUUGAUGGAUACGCAUGGUUGCAUCGCGCUUCGUGCUCAUGUGCCUACGAAUUGGCUAUGGGGCUGCCGACAGAGAAAUACUUGAAGUUUUUCAUAAAGAGAUUUAAUAUGUUAAAAUCAUUUGGCGUAACACCAUAUUUGGUAUUUGAUGGUGAUUCUAUAAAUGUGAAGCAGGAAACGAACAAAAAGAGACGAGAGAAGAGGCAGGAGAAUAGAGAAAUAGCUAUGCGCUUAUGGCAGUCUGGGAACAAGCGAAAUGCAAUGGAUUACUUUCAGAAAUGUGUUGAUGUAACGCCAGAAAUGGUCAAAUGUGUGAUAGAUUAUUGUAAAAACAAUGGUAUAAAAUAUAUUGUCGCCCCAUUUGAAGCUGAUCCACAGAUGGUAUAUUUAGAGAAAAAAGGAUUGAUUCAAGGAAUAAUUGCAGAAGACUCAGAUCUAUUGGUUUUUGGAUGUCGACGGUUGGUUACCAAGUUAAACGAUUUUGGUGAGUGUAUUGAAAUUUGUAGAGACAGUUUUGGCCAAUUGACAUCCAAAUUCCCCAUUGGACAACUAUCUAAUGAAGAAAUAAGAAUGAUGGUAUGUCUUUCAGGUUGUGAUUAUACCAAUGGUAUUCCCAGGAUUGGUCUUAUUAAAGCUAUAAAAUUGGUUAUGACACAUCGAAAUAUGGAUAGAAUUCUGAUGUCAUUGCAAACAGAAGGGAAAUUUUCUGUACCUGAGAAUUUCUAUGAUGAAUAUCGAUAUGCUGAUUAUUCUUUUCAGUUUCAAAGAGUGUUCUGUCCAUUGAGCAAACAAAUUGUAUCUUUGACUGAGAUACCAAUGGGACUUCAGUCUGAUAAAAUACUUCACAGCUGCAUUGGCAAGGCAAUAUGUAGGUUGGAUGGUACUAAGAGAUAUUGUUUAAAUGAUGAAAUAGACCACGAAAUCCAUGGUUACCUGGCUAGGGGUGACCUCAAUCCAUAUGACUUCACUAAGAGGCUUGUUAAUAGGGAGCAUAAACUACAAUUACAAUCCAAGUCCGAUAUGAGCAUCACUUAUGAUCCGAGUAACGAACAAAAGUCUAGGAAGGUGCUUUCUAUUGACACUUUUUUCAGUAGUGUUCCAGAAAUUAAAGGGCAAGGUACAAGCUCAAAUAAACAACCAGUUUAUGAGGAUUUUGUUGAAAAGAAAUACACACAAUUAAUAUCUAACAGAAAAUUGGGUAGGAAGAGUGAUUGCAAUAAUAAAGUAACUAGUAAAUUUUUCACAUCUAAUCAAGAGUCAAAUAGCAGAACUGCAGGGCUAAAUGGAUGUAACUUGAACUCGAUCGAACAAGCCACAGAAAAAAUAAUUAUAUCAGAUAACGAAAGUGAAACAGAUUUGCCUGAAUCCGAAUUACCGACUCAAGUGGAAGCGCAAAAUACUCCGACCGAAUUUUCCUUGUCAAUUGCAAGCAGUCAAAGUAAAAGCACAUCUGAUGGCUUUAAUUCAUUUGAGGUGACUAGUCAAAGAGAUGAAAUCGGAAAUACUAGUGAGGAACAUGAAGAUAUAUCAGAGCUUAUUGACCUCUCAGAUAAUAAUGAUGUUGACAAUUCCACAAAUUUGGUAUCAGGUUUGAGAAAUAUCAAAACAGAAAAUUCAAUCCCUUCACUGAAAUUAGAAAAUGUAAGACGAGCCAACCCUCAUAAAUUUGAUCUCUCAAUAAGCUCAUAUGAAAUAAAGAAACCUAAGACUGAAAUUUUAAAACCUUCAAGGGUAUUAAAGCCACGUAAUGUGAACCAGAAACCAAGUUCUGGUAUUAUUCCUAAUAUUAUUGGUGACAAGCAUUCAAGAGACAGACUGAAAAGAGAUGUUGGUAAACAGAGAGUUUUGGCCUCAAAAGCAAAGGCAUUACAAACUGAAACCAGCACUAGAAAAACUGGAAACAAGUUGCUACAGCAAUAUGUUUAUAAUCCCUCAAAAUAA